UGUCACGUGACCGGCGGGCAGGUACCCCGGUCGGGAUGCAUUUGGACUUCUGCAGUCUGCUCGGAGGCAGCGGAUGGAAUUCGACGUGGCCGACCCAGAGCAGAUACUGUGCAGGAUUUAAUCAAUGAAGGAGAGCAUUCCUCCAGCAGGAUUCGCUGUAACAUCUGUAAUAGGGUGUUUCCGCGGGAGAAGUCACUCCAGGCUCACAAGAGGACUCACACAGGUGAGAGGCCCUAUCUGUGUGACUAUCCGGACUGUGGAAAAGCCUUUGUUCAGAGUGGACAGCUCAAAACACAUCAGCGUCUCCAUACCGGAGAGAAGCCUUUUGUUUGUUCAGAAAAUGGCUGCCUGAGCAGAUUCACUCAUGCAAACCGCCACUGUCCUAAGCACCCUUAUGCCAGACUGAGGAGAGAGGAGCCAACAGAUGCACUCAGCAAGCACCAGGCUGCGGACAACAAGGCUGCUGCUGAGUGGCUGGCAAAGUACUGGGAGAUGCGGGAGCAGCGUGCCCCAACCCUGAAGGGCAAGCUGGCGCCCAAGGCGGACCAGGAGCAGCGUGACCCGCUGGAGUGCCUGCAGUCGGAUGGUGAGGACGAUGAGAAGAGUGUCGCUCAGCAGCGGCUGCAGGAGCAGCGUGAGCGGCUGCAUGGGGCACUGGCACUCAUCGAGCUGGCCAACCUGACUGGUGCACCACUGCGCCAGUAGCUGAUGCCAGGCAGAAGCUAAGCACCUUACUUGCUUAUCCUAGGCUGCUAUUCUGUAGAAUUUAUGAAGAAUGUCAUUACCUCAGAAACUGGGGUGAGAGAGAAUUGCACUUUUUUAUAUGGAAAUGGAUUGGAUGUAAAGUUUAAAAUUAUUUUGUAAAUAUGGACUGUACCAUACAGGGUAGAAAACUACAUAUUGUGGGAAGCUAGAUUUUGCAAGUUUAAUGCAUUCAUUGGAAGCAGUUCUCACAGGAAGCACUUUCUGAAUAAGACACUUGUGUGAAAAAACAGAAAAUGGUACAAAGAGCCAAAGAAGAUUGACAUAGAUUAUUUAUAAGAUCAUUUUUUAACAAUGUAUAUUAGUGUGUUUUAACAAUACUGUAAACACUGAAGCAAGACAGUAUAAAAUGUGUUUGUAAGAUAUGUAUUUUUAAAUUGCAUAAUAGCAUGCCCAAUAAGGCUAGAGAAAUGAGAAGCUAUUUGGGAAAAUGUUCUAAGCUAAGGACUUGGAAGAAAAUAUAUAUUUGAGGAUCUUGGUAAGAUAAUACAAUAGUUCAGGAUUUUGAAAAUUGGAGAAAAAUCAGUCUUAUUCUACCCCACUAUAAUGUUUCAGUUUGAAAAGCACUUGUCAUCCCUUGCAUGUUAAUUUGGGAACUUUUGCACAUUUCACAUUUCUCAUUCGCUGAAAAUUGAGUGAUUAAUCUUGCAAAGUCUAGGUAACAUAGGACUUGGUGUUUUUUAUAUAUGUGAUAGGCCCUGUAAUGAGAUUUGGCACUUGGAUUUUUAUUAAUAAAAGGGACAUCUACAGGGUUGUUUUGUAGUGAAAUGUUUUAGCUCUUUGUUAGCAAACACUAAAUUUUAAUUGUACUGCUUAUUUAGAAUGAUUAGCAAACAGAAGCCUCCAUAUUUAUAUUUUCAGUGCAUAAAGCCAUCUUCUGCUUUACUUCAGGAUAACAUGCCAAGCUAUUUUGUGUUCACUAAAUUUAGCUAUCAGUUAAACACAGAAGAAAAUAAUAGCUACUCAAAUAUGUAGAUUUCUGGGAUAGUUUUAACUGCAAGUGUAUUAACUUGUGUGAUGGUUUAAAACCAUUUUUUUUUUCAAAUAGAUGAAGUUAAUAAACACCACUUUAUAUGUACUGAAGUGUAACAGAAAUAUCAAAAACGGAGCAGGCCACCUCCUUUUUAUAAGCAAAAACCUCUAUCACGUGAGCUUUUGUUGUAAGCUGAAUGAAAAGGACAUGCAUACCAUGGUAAUUUAUAGAUUGCUUAAUUGGAGUAAAUCUCCAAUUUAGAGGGAAAUAUGGGCUCCUCCACUCCUUUUUUCUUCGAGUUGAAGUGAUACCCUCCACAUGUAGUUUAUAUGUUACCUGGAAUGUAGGCUUCUUACCCAAAAGUCCUGAAUUGUGGCAGUACACAGGUAAUUUCAGAUGAGUAGCCCUGGGGAAGAGGAGCCAUGUAAAUGUCUUGAAGAGAAGCGGAAAGUGUGAAAAAAGAUAUGACAGAAAUAAUGUGUAUGAUGAGGACAUACUUUAAAAAUACAAUUCCUCUGUACAGUAAAUUACAGAUCUUUAGGGAAUUUUUGUAAUAAGAAAAUUUAUAUUUGUAAUGGUCUAAGAAUUCUGUUUGUAAUUUGGUAUAUAGAGUUUUAACUUGGAGCACUUAUAAAGCAUGGUAACAGACCAUAGCAUCUGAAUUUUCCUGGUUUAGGUUUCAACAUUUAAUCUAGAAUUUUUCCUGUCAAGUAUAAUUUAUAUGAACUGAAAAGCAAUACUCGGUUAGUCUUGGGAAAUUAAAAAUCUGAUAGACAUCUAAAGAAGGAAGGGCAAUAAAAACUUUAAAAGCAUAGAUAUUUGUCAGUUCAUAGAUAAAAAUCUAAGGACUUCAAAAAACAAGGAUUUUUGUUUGUUUCUCCAGUCAGCUUUUGUAAACCAUAAUAGUUAUAUUCACAAAUAUUUUUUACUUGUAUAAUUGGAACAGUUUAAGAAAUUAUUACAAAGAAAUUCUUUACAAACAUUUAAAAGUUUCUCUUGAUAUAAGCUAUAUUGGUGUCUAAAAUUUGAGGUGUGUUAAGACUGCUUUUUGUUUUAAAAAUGUGGUUUACAUUCAAAUUUUUGAAGUGUUUUGUGCUUCAUACGGCUAAGUUGUA